AACAAAUAAAAAAUAAUUAAUUGUCUGCUUGACGCAUCGUGGGACGCUUUUAUUCGCGCCGUGCAAUUUUUAUUUAAUUUAAAAUUAUAAAUAUAUAUUCCAGAUGUCGGGAAUAGCCAGUGCACGUUUAGCGGAGGAGAGAAAAGCUUGGCGCAGAGACCAUCCUUUCGGAUUUGUAGCCAGGCCUAUGAAAAACCCUGAUGGAUCACUCAAUUUGAUGACAUGGGAGUGUGCGAUUCCCGGAAAGAAGGGGACACCAUGGGAGGGAGGCUUAUACAAACUGCGAAUGAUCUUUAAAGAUGACUACCCAUCAAGCCCCCCGAAAUGCAAAUUCGAGCCUCCAUUAUUCCAUCCCAACGUGUACCCGUCCGGAACAGUGUGCCUGUCUCUGCUGGACGAGGAGAAAGACUGGCGUCCCGCCAUCACAAUCAAACAGAUCCUACUCGGCAUCCAAGAUCUCCUGAAUGAGCCCAACGUGAAGGACCCUGCACAAGCUGAAGCGUACACAAUUUACUGCCAAAACCGACUAGAGUAUGACAAACGAGUCCGCGCGCAGGCACGCGCCAUGGCCGCCACCGAGUGAACACACAACAUUCUGGAAUGUUCCCAAAGCUCAACUACCGCCAUCUCAAACUAUAGCUGCAACUGUAACAUGUUACAGAUAAAACGGGCAUUUGAUGUUUUUUUUUUACAAUUAUGGCUUGGAUGCAAGUCCUUUAAGCCAUGAUUAUAUUGAAAAUCAGUUCAGGGCUAUAACCGCGAAAAUCGAAGUUCGCAAAUUGCGGGGAUCUUUCUCUUUUACUCCAAUGACGAUGUAAUUAGAGUGACAGAAAAAUCCCCGCAAUUUGCGAAUUUCGGUUUUCGCGGUAGCCCCUCAGUUGCAGUACAACAGACAUGUUUUACAGUUGCAUCUAUGUUAUCUUGUCUGUUGCAGCCGAAUGCAUUCCACAAAAGAAUCUGUAAAACAUCAAUUGGUAUUGUAUACUUACUCUGUUGAUUCCGGGGCUACCCCACAAGUCUCUGAAGCUGGCUAAUAGAUGUUUAAUUAUGGUAAGGUAUAAUCUUGUCUAAGCUCUAUCUCAAGUAUUAUUUUGUUAAUAUAUUACUCAAGAUUGUACCUAAGGUUGCAUCAACACAAAGAAUAUGUAAUAAAUAAUAUUGUGUUGCAUUAAAUAUUGAGCUGACAAAUAUUCAAAUUUCAAUGUGUAAAGCUCUUUACUUAGAAAUGUUCUUAGUGUUGAUGUAACUUUAUGACCAAACUAAUUCAAAUAUUUUGUAAUUAAAUAGGUUUUUAUUUUAGAUAGUUUUCAGAUCAGUGGGGUUCUUUCUCAUCUUACAUUUAUGACUAGAUAUAAUUGAAAUCAGCUGAUGUAUUUUAGUGUAGGGCUCCAGAAUUAAGCCCUUUUGUAGUAUGUAAAUCAAGUAACAUUGUAAAAUAACACUUAACACUCCAUAAUAGACCUGGCAAUUAUUGUUUACAUUAGAAUAUUGUUAACUAUUAAGGACCUAAUUUAUUGGUAAAUGACAGCAUGAGGGAGACAGUAUUGGUCCCAAACAUUUGUGCUAUUAAUAUGGUGUUAUUUCUACAGCUUUGUUUCAGUCGCGGCACCUUGGCGCGCUAAAACAUGUCUGCGAAAAUAAUACUUUACAUACUGUCGAGAUGUUCAAAAUGUUAGUUGCUUUAAGAAUCUGCGUCAUUAUUUUAACUAUUUUUGUAUCUUAUGUCCGUCUUAUCGAACAAUAAAAAUUGUAAAAGUUA